UCGCGCCUCCCGUCUCGCGAGAGCUGCGCCCGGAAGCGGCGCUGAGGGCGCGUCCGCCAUGGCGGCCCCGCGGGUGCGGCCGCUGCUCCCGGUGCUGCUCCCGGUGCUGCUGCUGCUGCUGCUGGGGCUCUGCGCCGCCGAGCCCGUGCAAACCGAGACCAACGGGGACCGAACGGACACCGAAGGGAGAUCUUCCACCGUGCCCGAGGGAACCGGAGCGGCUGGCAGCACGUUCCCAGGGAACGGGAACCAGCAGGACAGCAAUGACUCCAACGGCAGCGACCCCAAAACUGACACGAACAGCACGACCAGCGUGGAUGAGAAAGGCAGCGAGCAGCAGAACAACAGCGUCACUGGAAACGGCGGCGACGACAAGGGGAAGAAGGAAAAGGAUUCAGAGAAAGGCAGCAGCGCGGGGUCUGGCCAGGACGGCAAUGGUGCAGGUGGCAGUGGUGGAAACAGCGGUGCAGGAGGGGGGGGACAAGGAGAUAAAAGCCAGACAAGCAGCAGUGGUGGCCCAGGCAACACGGGCAGUGGUGGCCAGGACAGCACUGGAGACAACGGCAACUCAAACAGUGGCACUGGUGGCAGCCAGAACAGCAACAACAAUGAUCAGAGCAGUGUCAGCCAGAACGGCCAGGGUGGCGACCAGCCAGGGGCCACCGAGAACGGGGACAGCGAUGGCGAGGAGGGCAACGGCACAAGUGGCAGCAACAACCAGGGCAGCACCAACCAGAACCAGAGCAACAACCAGAACCAGGGCACCAACCAGAACCAGGGCACCAACCAGAACCAGGGCAGCACCAACCAGGGCAGCAAGGACAAGGACGGCAAGGAGAGUGACAGCACAAAUGGCAGCAACACCCCAGACAACACCAACCAGGACCAGGGCAGCACCAAGGAGGGCAGCAAUAGCAAGGACAGCAAGAGCACAAAUGCCAACGACACCCCAGACAACACCAGCAAGGACCAGAGCAACAACCAGGCCCAGGGCAGCACCCAGAGCGGCACCGAGCAGGGCAGCAGUGACAGGGACAGCCACGGGCACACCAGCGGGGCCACCAGCCAAGGCAGCAGCGGUGGGCAGCAGGCCCAGGCUGAGAGCCAGGGCAGUGCUGCUGAGCAGCAGCCUGACAGCCAGGACAGCCCCAAGAACUCGCAGGAGGAGCAGAGCCCUGUGUCACACGCAGCUCCCUCGGACGACAGCUUUGUGGAAAACGAAGAGAACGCCGAGGAGGAUGUGGCCAAGGCUGAGGAGGGCAGUGACAGCUCCUUGGAGCAGGACAGGGAGAGGAAUGCUCCCUCCCUGCCCAGGGCCCGCUCGGAGAGCAGCCACUUCUUUGCCUACCUGGUGACCACGGCGGUCGUGGUGGCAGCCCUGUACGUGGCCUACCACAACAAGCGCAAGAUCAUUGCUUUUGCUCUGGAAGGAAAAAGGUCAAAAACCGGUCGACGGCCCAAAUCUGGUGAUUAUCAGAGACUGGACCAAAAGAUCUAGAUUCCUCCUCCUCAGAUGGUGACGGGGAUGCAGUGCUGCCACAGCUGGAUUCCAGUCCAUGGGAAGGAGGGGAAACGCUUUUUGUUUUGCACCUGCACCUUGAUAAAACCUCUCACUUCCCUAAAUUGCUCCUUUCCCAGCUGCCUUGUUUUCCCCCGGGUGUCUGGCUGCUGGAAGAGCCAGACCCAGGAUUUCUGUGUCCCAGUGCAAUGGAAUUUGCCAUCUGCUGGACUGACCCCUCCUUUUGGGGGGGAAUUAAGGAUCUGCUGCACAAUGAGCCACGGGACUGUCCCUUGCCCGGGAACGAAGCUGCCUUGGCCUCCUCCUGCCCCUCCUUGUCCAUCUGCUGGGUUGGGAUGCUCAGGUUGGGAGCAAGUGAGUUCUCUUGCGCUUGUUUGGAACUGACCCAGCACGGAUUUGGAUUUGAGUUUUUUCUCCCUGAUCAGUUUUCCAGUUUCACACCCAGAUUCCCUUUUUCACACACGCCUUUGGCCAUGCUGAAGCAGUUUUUGUAGCUCAAACCCCUCGUGCUCCAUGCAGGUCUUUUCCCUCCCAGUCCUCCCAGUCUGCACAGGGCGUGUUGGUGGUGGUGUGGAGGAGGGGGUCAGGCUGGGGGAGCUCCAUGCCCUGUUGGGGUCAGGGAUUCGGAUGGGAAGAUUGCUUCCUCCCCUUGUCAGGAAGGAAGGAAUGUAAAUCCCUGAGGAGUUUGGGAUGAGGGAAGCUCCCAGUCCCUCCAGUUGUGCUGGACUGGCACUGGUCAGACCAAGGGGUUGGUGCCCCAUUACACCUGUGAGGUGGUUUUUCAUUCCUGCAGUUCUACUCCCCAGAGGUUUCUAAAGGCUGGGAUGUUUCUGGAGAGGGCACAGAGUACCUGCUUGGCUCCUGCUUUGGAUUUUUUCCAGAAAAAAAAAGGAUUCGAGGGACCCAGAGCUCCUCACGAGGGCACCCAGCUGUGCCAGGCCUGUGCCAGUCCUGCACUCACCAACUGACUGCACGGGAAGAGUCCCAGGAUGGUUAAAUUCCCUCCUGGGGGCUUUUUCCUGGCAUUCCCAGGCUUGGGAGCAAUCAGCUUCUUGCCCUGUGGUCACCUUGGACACGGGCAGAGCCAUUCCCUGUCACUGUGAAAGCUCAGCUCUGGUUUUGGUUUCCUAACGGUUCAUUCCGAGAGGGGAGGGAGGGCUUGGCCUUCUCCAAACCCUAAAGCCAUCCUUUCCCUUUUUGCUGGCUCUUGGCAAGCGUGAGAGUCCCUCCUGGCUUUAAAGAGUCCUCAGAGUUUCCUUAGGAAACAUCUAGGAUGCUAAAAGGACUUCCAGGAGUUGUUCUGGAGAGCAGGAGGGUGGAGGGAAGGGAAAUAGGGCCGGGAAAAAGGGUGGGAAGCUCCUGCACCAAACCACCCUGCUCCCUGUGGGAUCAGCCAGGCUGGGGGGCUGCUUUAGGCUUGGGGAGGGGGACACUGGCUUUUUGGACUCGGCAGGGAGACAAAGCCUAUCCCAGUGUGUGGAAUUCCGUGUGCUCCUGGGCUGCUCUGGUCAGGGUUUUUGGAGUGCGUGUGCUUUUUGGAGUGUGAGUGCUCUACGCUUGCUUUGUCCUGGUUUGUGGGGUUUUAUAAAUGAAUAAUAAUUGAGAAAGGCUUUUUAUUUUUUCACCAUCUACUUACUUUUCUGUCCUGGGAGCUGUUUCAAGCCCUCUCUUGCUGCAGGCUGUGGGAAUCCCGCCCUGCUGCCAGCAGGGGAGGGAAUAUUUUGGACCUCAAACAGCUGGAUCCCAGGCUGAGCCAAGCAUUCCUUUGGGUGAGGAGGACACACCUCUCGGGUCUGGGGAGAGGCAGCUCUCACAGCAGGCUGAAUUGCAGGGUUUUCACCCCAAUUCUCCCCACCAGCACUUCCCGAGGCUGGUGUGUUCUGCCAACAGUCUGGGCUGCCCCAAACCUCGGGGGAUUGCUCCCAGUUCAUUGAGAUUUAUGGUGGUUUUGCAACGUGUUCCCAAGGGAUCAAGGUGCACAGAACCUUUUCCCUUUGGACACGUGUUUUCCAUGGAUGGUGUCUGUUGGUACAGAGGGUUUUUUGCCAAAUAUUCCUAUUUUUUAGGCUUGAAUCAGCACAUGAUUUGUUUUCUGCUGCAGUGAAAUGCACCUUGCUUGGAAGGAUCAGAAUUUUUUACAGUUCUUUAUACUGGUUUUUUUUUUUUUUAUUUUCUGUGUGGUGAAAUCAGUAAAUGGAUUAAAAAUAACACAAAA